GGUCAGUGCGGAGGCGCUUCUACAAGUGGUGUGGUGGUGGGUAUAGAGCGUGUGACGGUGUCAACCAUGGCGACGCGGCGGCUCUUACUAGCAUUCAAGAGAUUCCUGCAGACAAGCCCUUCAUCAAUGUCGUCAAACCAAGAGCUCGCAGCAAUGAUCGUGAAAACACUGAAACUAUCGGGCAUUAAACCAUUCGAAAAUACGCCAUCUUUGCUCUCCAAUCUGAAUUCUCGCGUAACCCACCUCGUCUUUUCAAACCCAAAACUCCCUCCUAAGUCUUGCAUCCUUUUCUUCAAAUUUCUCCAAGGAAACCAAUCUCUAACUUCAUCCAAACCUGGCCUCCAUGCCCAUUUGAUCCUCGUUUUUAGAUUAUACAGAGCUCGAAGGUUUGCGGAAAUGAGAAAUGUGUUGAAUUCUGUUGCCAUGGAUGAUAGUCUCCGAUGGUCUGUUGCGGAUAUGGUUUCCAUGAUUUGGGAUAACUGGAAUGAGCAGAAAUUCGUUGAGAAGUUUUGUGAUAUUCUAUUCAGGGUUUAUGUGGAUAACAAGAUGUUUGAUGAUUCUGGUGGAGUUUUUGAGUAUAUGGUGAAGAGUGGGUUGAAGAUUGAUGAAUGGUCGUGUCUUUCGUACCUGACUGCAUUGAAGAAAUGUGAUAAAACAGAAGAGUGUUUGGGGUUUUUUAGAAGAAUGGUUGAGAGUGGUAUGGAGAUUACAGUUUAUUCAAUGACUACUGCCAUUGAUGCAUUGUGUAGGAAAGGAAGAGUUGAAGAGGCCAUAGAGUUGAUGAAGGAAAUGGGUGGGCAAGGGAUUAAACCAAAUGUUGCUACCUAUGCUACGAUUCUACAUGCAUAUGUCAAAAGAAAGGAUUCUAAGCGUAUUGAUGAGGUCUUGAACUUGAUGGAGAAGGACAAAGUGUGCCAUGAUGCAGUCACAUAUACACUUUUGAUGAGUCACUAUGCAGACUUUGGUCAAGUCAAAGAUGCAGACAAACUGUUUGAUGAAAUGCGUGAAAGAGGGGUGAAGGUUGAUAUUCAAGUGUAUACUACUAUUAUUAGCUGUCACUGUAAAGCAGGGAAUUUGAAGAGAGCGUUUUCUUUGUUUGAUGAUCUGACUGAGAAAGGCUUUGUCCCUAAUGCUUAUGUUUAUGGGGCUUUAAUUGAUGGCCUCUGCAAGGCUGGACAAGUGGAGGCAGCUGAGAAGUUGGUCAUUGAUAUGCAAAGUCGUGGGAUUGAUUUAAAUCCAGUGGUGUUCAAUACACUUCUUGAUGGGUACUGCAAAAGGGGGAUGAUAGAUGAAUCUUUGAAGCUGCAGGCUGUAAUGCAGAAGAAAGGAUUUGAGCCUGAUGAGUUUGCUUAUAACAUAAUUGCCAGUGGGAUGUGUAAAUUGAAACAGCAUGAUGAAGCAAAGAGGUUGUUGUUUGAGAUGGUGGAGAAAGGCGUGGUUCUUAAUUCAGUGAACAUCACUACUUUGAUUAGCAUUUACAGCAGAGAAGGAAACUUUAACGAGGCAAACAGACUAUUUAGGGAGAUGAAAAGAAAGGGACAGAAGCCCAAUGCUAUAACAUACAAUACUCUAAUUGGUGGAUAUACUAGGAAGGGGAAAAUGAAGGAAGCUUAUCAGCUAAAAGAUGAGAUGGAAAAUGUGGGGAUUAUGCCAGAUGAAUAUACAUAUACAUCUCUUUUGCAUGGUGAGUGCAUUUGCAGAAAGAUAGAUGCAGCAAUGAAACUGUUUAAUGAAAUGCCUCAAAGGGGUUUGGUUCCGAGUCUAGCCACCUACACAGCAAUAAUUUCUGGUUUGUCUAAGGAAGGGAGAUCACAUGAAGCUCAUAGAUUGUACAAUCAGAUGAUCAGUGCAGGGCAUAUGCCUGAUGAAAGAGUAUAUACUUCACUUGUGAGCAGCCUUCAUACCUCUGGAUCCCAAUAGUUGUAGCUAGAGCCUGCAGAUAAUGCUCCACCAAUACAGCAAUAGUUUGGGCUUUGUCAAAUGAAGGGAGAUUAGAUGAAGUGUUUCUCAUACAUUGUAAAAUGAGAUGAUCAUUCCAGAUUCCAGUCCAUACUCCUGUUGAAGGAUUAUUACUGAAAUUUGAUAGUUGUAGCUGGAGCCUGAGUUAAUGCUUGUUCUGAUUGUUCAGAUGGUCCUUGGUCAUUUGUCAACCAUGUUACUCAAUGUUUCAAAAAGUUAUUUCACAAGAUGAGGAGGAACCAAAAGUAACACAAGUAAUUAAUUUAUGGAUGUCUCAUGGUUAUCAUUCCACAAGCCAGGCUAUUCCAGGUUCUUAUUGAAGUUGACAUCAACUGGUCCUAGGCCUUUGUAACAUCAACAAGAGUUAUCCUCUAGUCACCAUUGAAGUAUUGAAGUAUUCAAUCUUGGAGAGCAGAAUACCUCUGAUGAAUGGGAACUCAACGGGUGUACACUAAAAAACCCUCAACAAGCUUUGAUUCCGUCUUGUAAUCAGGAGUAUGGCAGGUAAUGUUGUUUCCUCUGUAAACCAUAGUCAAAACCCUCCUUUACCCUGUUUACAAUAGUAUUUCUUUGCAGUGUCAUAAUAAGAUGAUGAGUGGUGAAGGAAAUAUGGAUACUGCUUUGGAUUUUCGCAAGAUUAUCAUUAACUCCUCAUGACAGUGUGCAAUUAGGAGCAAAUUAAACCAUAAAACAAAGAUUUUAUU